AAAAUCAGUCACUUUCUGAUAAUAUCUUAAUAUUUUCUUUAUCAAGCAAGAUUUUUCCACGAUGAAGCAAACACAUGGACUGAGACUGAUGAACAGAAGGAACAUGUGAUCAUGGCAGUGGCGCUGCGAACUAAUGUAAUGCCAUAUGGUGAAUCCAAUAGUGAUAGUGCUCCUGAUGAUCAUGAUUGUGAUUUUGAGCCUGCACUAGAAUUUGAUGACACAGAAUUAGUACAGGCAACAAAAGCAGAAUUAGAAAUGGAUAAAUCAUCUGAACAAGAUGAUGAUCCAUUAUUGGAAUCACCUAUGUCAGAUGGUAUAAUGGAUGAAAACUUUGAGGAUGUCCUUAGUUUAAAUUUUAACAAGGAUAUUGAUGUGGAAAUAGCAGAGGAAGCUAUUGAUUUUUCAGAUAUUGCCAAAUAUGGAAUUGUUGAAAUAGCAGGUGAUGAUUCGUAUGGAAGAAAAGUAAUUGUUAUAUCAGCUUGUAAAUUGCCCUCAAAUAAAGUUCUUAAUCAUACAAAAUUUUUGAGGUAUCUUAUGUCAACAUUAGAUCAGUUUGUUGAGAACGAUUACACUCUGGUAUAUUUCCAUUAUGGUCUUAACAGUAAGAAUAAACUUCCUCUCAGCUGGUUGUGGGAAGCAUAUAAAGCAUUUGAUAGGAAAUAUAAGAAAAAUCUUAAAGCAUUAUAUCUAGUCCACCCAACAAAGUUUAUCCGCUUUGUGUGGCAAAUUUUUCGACCUGCUAUAAGUGUAAAAUUUGGCAAGAAAAUGAUGUAUGUAAAUUAUCUUCAUGAGUUAAGACAUCAUCUUCACUUUGAACAAUUAGCUAUUCCUAAACCUGUUCUAGAGUAAGUUUUACAUUAACUAAGAUAAAUAAACUGUUUUUUGAAUAGUUUCCUUUUAUUUGUUAAUGUGUUCU